GUGUCUUAGGAUCUCCCAAUGGGGUGGCUUUGCUCUGGGCUCACGUUCCCUGUGAGCUGUCUAAUCCUGAUGUGGGCAGCAGGCUCUGGUAAGUCACCACCUCUCAUUCAUUCAUCCACUCAUUCAUUCAGCAAAUGUUCUUUGGCUGUUUAGAUGCCAGGGUCCCAGGAUAAUCAGCGAAAGGAACACAGAUUCCGGGCCUUGAGGAGCUUACAUUGUAGUGGGAGGGGACGGCCAAUGACAGAGGGUCCCAAUUAUAAGUCAAUUGUAAAGAGCGUUAGAAAGUGAUAGAAAAACACAGCACAGAACAGAGUCGGGGGCACGUAUUUGCGGGGGGUGGGGAAUCGGACGUUAUUUUUGGACACGAGGUGAGUUUGAGAUCUUUGUUAGGUAUCUAAGACUCUGCCUGACACGUUAAGUCCUUUAUCCGGCGAGCGUGUGCAAACGUAUCCGCUGUGGAGGCUGGUGCUGGGCAUCAGAGCGAGAAGGCACCUGCCUGUCUGUUGUCGGGCUCUCGAACGAUUUGGCAAACCCAGUACGCGCCCUGCCGGGUUCACACCCCAGCUCUGCCACUGGCCAGUGGGAAGAAAUACCCCAGCCUUUCAUGCUGCCCUUGACAUUGGCUGAACCCAACCGGCAGCCAGAGGACAGGGGCACCUGAGUGCCAAGACCAUGGCGGUCAGCCGCCUGAGCCAGAGAGGGGUGCAGAACGGAUGGGGUCCGGGAGCGGGCAAAUGGACGGCAGCCCUCGUCCUGCUCACACGGCUCUGGAGCAGAUGCCCGUGGUGAUGGAAAAGACUAGAAAUGCCUUAGAUCAGAAACGUCCUUUCAUCUGGCCAAGGGCAAGCAGUGGAGGUGCCGUGAGGCAAGGGAGCGUCAAGGUCCUGCGUGCGCCCACCUGCUUCUCCGACUACUUCAGCACCUCCGUCUGCCAGUGGAACAUGGAUGCGCCCACGAACUGCAGCGCUGAGCUCCGCCUGUCCUACCAGCUGAACUUCAUGGGGUCCGAAAACCGCACGUGUGUCCCUGAGAACGGAGGAGGCGCGGCGUGUGCGUGCAGCAUGCUGAUGGACGACUUGGUCGACGCGGACGUGUAUCAGCUGCACCUGUGGGCGGGGACGCAGCUGCUGUGGAGCGGCUCCUUCAAGCCCAGCAGUCACGUGAAACCCAGGGCUCCCGGAAACCUCACGGUUCACCCCAACGUCUCCCACACGUGGCUGCUGAGGUGGAGCAACCCUUACCCCCCUGAGAACCACCUGCACGCCGAGCUCACCUACAUGGUCAACAUCUCGAGUGAAGACGACCCCACGGAUUCCAGAAUCUAUAAUGUGACCUACGUGGGGCCCACCCUCCGCGUGGCAGCCAGCACCCUGAAGUCUGGGGCUUCCUACAGCGCACGCGUGAGGGCCUGGGCUCAGAGCUACAACAGCACCUGGAGCGAGUGGAGCCCCAGCACCAAGUGGCUUAACCACUACGAGCCCUGGGAGCAGCACCUCCCACUUGGCGUCAGCAUCUCCUGCCUUGUCAUCCUGGCCGUCUGCCUGUCCUGCUACCUCAGCGUCAUCAAGAUUAAGAAAGAAUGGUGGGACCAGAUUCCCAACCCCGCCCACAGCCACCUAGUGGCGAUAGUCAUCCAGGACCCACAGGUGUCGCUGUGGGGGAAGCGGUCCCGAGGCCAGGAACCAGCCAAGUGCCCACACUGGAAGACUUGUCUUAGGAAGCUCCUGCCCUGUUUACUGGAGCACGGCAUGGAAAGGAAGGAGGAUCCCUCCAAGAUUGCCAGAAAUGGGCCUUCGCAGGGUUCUGGAAAAUCAGCAUGGUGCCCCGUGGAGGUCAGCAAGACGAUCCUCUGGCCCGAGAGCAUCAGCGUGGUGAAAUGUGUGGAGCUCCUGGAGGCCCCGGUGGAGAGCGAGGAGGAGGAGGAGGAGGAGGAGGAAGAUAAAGGGAGCUUCUGCCCAUCGCCUGUGAACCGCGAGGACAGCUUCCAGGAGGGCCGGGAGGGCAUCGCGGCCCGGCUGACAGAAAGCCUCUUCCUGGACCUUCUCGGGGUUGAGAAAGGGGGCUUUGGCCCACAGGGCUCGCUGGAAUCGUGGUUUCCUCCUCCUUCGGGAAGUGCAGGUGCUCAGAUGCCCUGGGCUGAGUUUCCGGGUCCGGGGCCCCAGGAGGCAUCGCCCCAGGGCAAGGAGCAGCCUUUCGACCCCCGGUCCGAUCCUCUGGCCACUCUGCCCCAGAGCCCAGCCAGCCCGACUUUGCCAGAGACGCCCCCGGUCGUCACAGACAACCCCGCCUACCGCAGCUUCGGGACCUUCCAGGGCCAGUCCUCAGGUCCCGGCGAGUGUGACUCGGGCCCCGAGCUGGCGGGACGCCUGGGGGAGGCGGACCCCGGCCUCCCCGCUGCCCCCCAGCCUUCGGAGCCGCCUUCCGCGCUCCAGCCCGAGCCAGAGACCUGGGAGCAGAUUCUGCGUCAGCGAGUCCUGCAGCACAGGGGGGCCCCGGCCCCGGCCCCCGGCAGCGGCUACCGAGAGUUUGUGUGCGCCGUGAGGCAGGGCAGCACCCAGGACAGCGGGGUGGGGGGCUUCGGCCCUUCGGAGGAGGCCGGGUACAAGGCCUUCUCGAGUCUGCUCACUGGCGGUGCCGUCUGCCCAGAGACGUCCGGGGGUGAGGCCGGCAGUGGGGACGGGGGUUACAAGCCCUUCCAGAGCCUCACUCCUGGCUGCCCUGGGGCCCCCGCCCCAGUCCCCGUCCCCCUGUUCACCUUCGGACUGGACGCGGAGCCACCUCAUUGCCCGCAGGACUCCCCCCUCCCGGGCAGCUCCCCAGAGCCAGCGGGGAAGGCGCAGGACAGCCACAAGACCCCGCCGGCCCCGGAGCAGGCCGCAGACCCCCUCCGGGACGACCUGGCCAGCGGCAUUGUCUACUCAGCCCUCACCUGCCACCUGUGUGGCCACCUGAAGCAGUGUCACGGCCAGGAGGAGGGUGGCGAGGCCCACCCCGUGGCCAGCCCCUGCUGCGGCUGCUGCUGUGGAGACAGGUCCUCGCCGCUGGUGAGCCCUCUGAGGGCCCCGGACCCCCUGCCAGGUGGGGUGCCCCUGGAGGCCAGCCUCUCUCCAGCCUCCCCGGCACCCUUGGCUGUCUCAGAGGAGGGCCCGUCCUCCCUGUGCUUCCAGCCUGCCCCGAGCCAUGCUCACAGCUCAAGCCAGACCCCCAAAAAGGUGGCCAUGCUCUCCCCAGAGCCCACGUGCACGAUGGCUUCCUAGGCGCGUGCCCGCUUGUCACUGCCAUCUUCGAGUGAGGGCUGGGCCUUAGCCCGGCCUGGGAAGUGCCUCCCCCGGAAAGCGGCUAGGCUGGAGAAUUUGCAAAAGACUUGGAGACCCCUGCUAUGAAGCUGGGAGGUGGUCUGACCUGGGGGUACAGAGACUGGGCUCCACCCUGCCCCUCCCCCAGCUCCCAGCCUUGGCCUGGGCUCGCCACAACCCAAGGGAGUGGAGGGCACGGGGGAGAGGCCCCUGCGGGGAUCGGGAGCUCCUUGGGUGCCUCGGCUUGUGCACGAGCCACUGGCCACUUCGUGGGUCCACGCGCCCUCCCUGCCGCGCUCACCCUGGGUGCGCUUUGUCCGCUCGUCACUCUGUUACUCCUGUCUUGCCGGGUUCUGGGAUCGGCUGCCGCUGUCUCACCGGAUUGGAGGCCGAGCCCACCGGGGAAUGACUUGGGAGACCUUGGGAAAUGGAUGGGACGUCGUGGUCCUGGAAGGGUGGUCGUUUGCCCGGAGGUGCCCAUUCGUUCAACAGACCCUCCUUAGGUCGACCCUGGGGGCAGGACCUGGGCCGUGGCGGGGCGCGAAGUCAAGUGCGGUAACAGACACAAAAGGACCCGAAAGACUGGGAUCACCAAGCCACGACUGGCUGCUGUCUGGUUCCCACACAACCACUGAGACCGGGGGCUCCUGUUAAGCACAGGAGCCCCAGAAUGAACACAGCCAGCUACCUCGGGGCCAGUCUGUGCCCCCGCGGGCGCUUUGCUGGCAGCCGCAGCAGCCGAAGGGAGGGAGGGAGGGAGGGAGGGAUUGGCCGAGCUAGGCGCUCCGCCGGCCCACACCACACCCUCAGCCGGCACGGCGACCUGCCCCUCUGGUUGUGUAAUGUUUGUUUGCAUCCCGAAGAUUAUUUUAUCGCCUGGUAUUUGUCUUCGCUGAGAAGCGUGGAAUCGGAGGGCAGGGCGUGGUGUUUUGUGUAAAUAAAGCCUCUUUAUCUCCGUUCCCUGCCCCCUCCGUGUAUUAAACAAACAUCCGGGCCGAGGUGGUGGUGAGCUCUUUAUCUCUGUUAACUCAUUGGAUCUUUCCAUCCAGAGGAAAUGAGGUCCAAGAGGUUAACUUUCUGUCUCUGUUUGUUUGGGUCCCCCCCCCCCCCCCCCCCGAGCCAAGGACUCAAGUGCAGUUAGCUGCUGUAGGUGGUGAUUCCAGGAAACCUUGCUCGGGAGUGGGGACGUGAGGCGGGGAAGGUCAGGAGGCAGUAAACGGUGUGUUAUCCAACGGGGCCAGCCCUGGCAACUGACCUUCCACCCGCUGGGAGCCUCGGGUAACCAUGCACAGCGCCUGUCCAAAGCUAUCCCUGCAGGGGUGAGGGAGCCCGGUGUUGGGCCACCAGCUUCCGUUUGGUCAAGGGCAUUAGUUCUCCAGCACGUCCAGCUGCUCCAGGAAGCAAGCCCCCAGACGGAGAGGUACGAAGGAUUACCGGAAGCUGCUGCACUUUGCCAAGGUGGCCCGGCUAGUCAGUGGCAGGCCCGUAGCUGAACCCGGGCAGGUGGCAUGAAGACGCAGGCCGGGGACGUAAGCUCUGUGUCUGUGAUCAGUCUGCUCCCUGAGUAGCUACCCGGAUGGCCACCCUUGGCAAAAGAAGCGGCUUGGCUGCAUAAGGUUCCCUUCUGUUCUGGCAUUCUGUACCAUGCGCUAGGAGUGAUGGGGAGCUCACUACCUCACAUGCAGCCUGAUGUUUGUUAGAAAUCCUUCCUCUGUGCUGAGCCCAAAUCUACCCCUUUAGAGGCCUAAGUCAUCCCCCCCCCCAACCACCCCAUGAUUUACAGAUGGGGGAACUUUGUGCUAGAGAGGAAAAGGGACUUGCCCAAGGUCACACAGUGAAGGACGGAGCCUGAACUAGCCCUCUGGACUUUUUGCCUUCAAGAGCUCUGUAUAAAAAUUAUAUAUAUAAUUUUUAAUAAAAAUCUCUCUUUAAGGCCAA